GAUAUAAAGGAAGUUCAUAGAGCGAUGAAUUAAGAAAAAAGGAUUUUGGCCUGGGUGUAGAGAGAAAAAGAAGAGAAAUAUGGCUUACUCUGCCGUCUCCUCCGUAGCCGCAUGGAUUGAAAAGGUUAUAGUUGAAGGAGAACAAUCGUGGAACUGGGAUCCGCUUCGUGAAGUUUAUCUUUUGCUAGAAGAGCUCAAGCGGAUGAAAAUCUUCCUGGAAGAUAUGAGACAGGAUGAAAAUACGAUGUUAACUAGUCCCUACUUGGCUGAAAUCGGAGAAUUGGCUUAUGAAGCUCGGGAUGUCAUUGAGGCUUUGGUUCUCAAAACUUUACCCAAAAGGGAACAAGGUAUUUCAAACGUCAUCAAAAGAUCUGCUUGCUUCCUGAGAGAAGCAUGGAUGGUGAUACAGGAAGUCACGAGCGAAAUCAUCAACUUGGAAAGACAUUUACGGGACCGGAGCAAUUUAGAUCACUUGGAAAAGUUAAGGCGGUCUCACUCUAGCUCUAAUCGUCACCCUCAUUUUCUUGAAGAUAAUGUUGUGGGGUUUGACGCUAACAUUAUGGAAUUAGUCUCAGAUCUGGUGGAUGAUAAAAGUCAUUUCCGAGUUGUUUCCAUAUGGGGUAAAGGCGGUUCUGGAAAGACAACCAUGGCCAAGAUGCUACACCAUCAUAGCCAAGUUAGAAAUCAUUUUGAUUGCUUCGCAUGGGCAUAUGUUUCUCAAAACUGCCAGAGAAGAAAUGUGUGGCAAAGAAUUCUAAUUAGCCUCAACGUUUUUGAUGAGGAUGAUAGGAAUAAGCGGGAUGAACAAGUUGCAGAGAAGUUGUUUAAAUUCUUGAAAGAACAUAAAUGUUUGGUGAUACUUGACGACAUUCCGAGCAUCCAGGCUUGGGAUAGUAUAAAAGCUGCGCUACCGAGGAACCUGCAGGAAACAAGCAGCAAGAUUUUGAUUACUUGCCGCAACCAAGAGGUAGCUCUGAACGCAGAUCCAAAAUGUUACCUACAUGAAUUGCAGCCAUUAAAUGAGGACAACAGUCUGAAAUUGUUCCGAAGGAUUGCAUUUCCUCAAAGACAAUUCACAGGUUAUAGAAGUGGGGACGAAGAGGUGGAAGAAAUGGUUAAUCGAUGCGAAGGAUUGCCAUUAGCCAUUGUUGUGUUGGGAGGGAUUAUCGCUACAACGUUGUCGGAAGAAGAAAGCUUGAGGUUGUGUCGAAUUUUGCGGUGCGGAGGCUAUGGAGAGCCGUCGAACCUGUUAGCCUUAAGCUAUGACGUUUUGCCAUCCUAUUUAAAGCCAUGCUUCCUAUAUUUAAGUCUCUUUCCGGAUGGCUACGAAAUACCUACGGUUAAAUUGAUUCAAUUGUGGGUUGCAGAAAAUAUUAUUCCAUUUCCAUUGGUGGAAAUUGAAAAUAGAAGGGAAAUAUGGAUAGAAGAAAUCGCAGAAUACUACUUAAUGGAGCUUGUCGAAAGACGCAUGAUGCAAGUCGGACAACUAGAUGCAAGUUUAAAGAUCAGAACAUGCUAUGUGCAUGAUAUGAUAAGAGAUAUGUGCUUGGCAAAAGCCAGAGAACAGAAUUUUGUUCACAUUGUUGAUACAACUCAAGUUGGCUACCCUCUUUUCUCAAUCGGAAGACUUGCCAUACAUGAAUCCGGUGAUAUGAGAGGGAUUGACAAACUUCGUGAUCUCAGGUCUCUCUUUUUUUUCGAUGUGAUGUUUACGGAUGAGUUAAUUUAUAGAUCUCUCCACCAAUCUAAUGAAAUUUACGCAACCAAAGAUAAGCCUUGGCUUUCGACACUUUUGCUAUUACGGCGAGUUAUCCGUAAAUUUCAGAGGACAUGGAGAUACUUGAGCAACAAUUUUAAGUUGCUCAGAGUCCUGGAAUUUGAAGGGUCUGAAAUGUAUGUAGGAGGGGAAUUACAAAGUGAUAUAGGUAAGCUCAUCCACUUGAGAUAUUUAAGUCUCCGGAAGGCUUCUUACGUCUCAAGGCUACCUUCAACUUUAGGUAAGUUGACGCUCUUGCAAACAUUGAAUUUGGAAAUUGAUGAGAAGUUUGCUGUUCAUGUACCUGAUGUUAUAUGGAAGCUGAAAAGUUUAAGACAUUUGUAUCUCCCGAAGAAAUGUAAUGAUAAGACCAAGUUGAAGCUGAACGAUUUGAGGAACCUACAAACGCUUGUGAAUUUCAACACCAAGAAUUGUUAUAUGGGAGAUCUUUGUAGCCUGACAAAUCUUAGAGAGUUGAGGAUAUCCAGGCAUUUCAUUCUUGAAGAUAUUGAGGAAAUCUUGGAUUCGAAUCCUCGGAUUGUUACCAGUGAACAUCUUCGAUCCCUGUAUAUUUGGAGUCAAGACCCAAUAGAUCCAAAACAUUUAAUGCUUCUACUCUCAAACUGUGUAGAUAUUCUUGAGUUGAGUCUAACUACAGCAAUGAGGGAGCUGCCAGGUUACCACCAGUUUCCCUCCAAGAUCACUUACUUGUACUUGAAUGAGUCUGAACUUGAUAGAGAUCCAAUGCCAACACUAGAGAAACUACCCAACUUGAGGGUUCUAGGAUUGCACAAAGCAUUCGCUGGAAAGGAAAUUGUCUGUUCUUCUGAAGGUUUUGCUCAACUGAUUUCCCUAAAACUCAUUGAAAAUUCUAAUCUAGAAGAGUGGAGGGUGGAUGAAAAUGCCAUGCCCAAACUACGCAACUUGGAGAUUGUCGAUUGCAGAAGUUUGAAGAUGCUUCCAGUUGGAUUGAAGCUCGUCAAAACCCUUCAAGAGGUCAAGAUGGAAAAGAUGCCCAGAGCGUUUAAAGAUAGAUUGGUGCAAGGAGGAGAAGAUUUCUGCAAUUUCCAACACAUUUCUACUAUCAUAUUUCAAAACUGUCACUGA